UUUCUGAUUUUCUGCAAAGAUAUGAAUCCGCCUUAAAAAAAAUCUUUUCAUUUGCGUCCGUAAACGUGGUUAAAUCGCUGACUACGAGACGACUAAACGAUAAAACGAAAACGUGAUGGCGAAAUUUGAUUUAACGUCCCGCAUAGGACAAUAUCUUGAUCGUCACCUUGUGUUUCCUUUGCUGGAAUUUUUAUCAGCUAAACAAAUUUAUGACGAGGAUGAGUUGUUGCAAGCUAAACUCGAUAUUCUUAGUAAGACCAACAUGAUUGACUAUACGAUUGACAUUAGGAAGCAACUUUACCCCAAUUUGGAAGUACCCGAGGAAUUAAAGGCCAGACGUGCUGAUGUACUUCAAGAGCUUAGUUCUCUCCAGAACAAUGUUUCAAUCGUUGUAGCUCUUAUGAAUAAUGAGGAAGUUAUGAAAAAGAUGGAGAAUAUGCGUGACUCUAAAACGCUUAACAAUUAUCUCACUCAGGAAUCAGAGUUUAGGGUAGAGAUGAUGGAUAGCUUUGUAAAAUUAGCAAAAUAUCGCUAUGAAUGUGGUAAUUAUUCAGUUUCAACGUCAUACUUGUACUUCUAUAUGCUGAUUAUGCCACCUACUGAUAAGAACUAUUUAAAUGUCUUGUGGGGAAAAUUAGCAUCAGAAAUUCUUGUGCAAAAUUGGGAAACAGCUCUGGAGGAUGUAAACAAGCUACGAGAGUAUAUAGACAGUAAUGUUAUUGGCAAUUCACUUCAAGUAUUGCAGCAACGUACGUGGCUCAUUCAUUGGAGCUUAUUUGUAUUUUUCAAUCAUGUGAAAGGGAGAGAUCUCAUUAUUGAGAUGUUCCUCUAUCGACCACAUUAUUUAAACGCUAUUCAGACAAUGUGUCCACAUAUACUUCGCUACUUGGCUGCUGCUGUCAUUGUCAAUCGUUCUAGACGGUCAAUUUUGAAGGAUCUUGUGAAAGUAAUACAACAGGAAUCUUACACUUACCGGGAUCCUAUCACAGAAUUUCUUGAACACUUGUAUGUUAAUUUUGACUUUGAUGGUGCUCGACAAAAACUACAAGAAUGUCAAACUGUUGUCUUCAAUGACUUUUUCCUGAUUGCUCUUUUGAAUGAGUUUGUAGAGAAUGCUCGAUUAAUGAUUUUCGAGACAUUCUGUAGAAUUCAUCAGUGUAUUAGUAUUGGGAUGCUCGCGGAGAAAUUGAAUAUGAAGGCGGACGUAGCGGAAUGUUGGAUUGUGAAUUUGAUUCGUAAUGCACGCUUGGACGCCAAGAUUGACAGCAAGUUAGGACAUGUGGUAAUGGGAGGACAGCCGGCGUCGCCGUAUCAGCAAUUGGUGGAGAAAAUUGAGACUUUGAGCGUUCGAAGCGAGGCACUAGAGAAUCUAAUCGAGAGAAAGUUAAAGGCGAAGAAUCAAGAUUCAGUAAGUAUAGUGUGGAACUAACAGAGUAUCAACAUUCGUGGAAUUUGGACUUAUGACAUCUUGAUACGAUGUGGAAGAAUAAUGCGCAAAAAAAAAUAUUCCACCAAUGAGUAUUUGCAGUGAACAGACUUGAUACAAUGUACCUUCCAAAUACAAAAAAUAAUGAAGAUCAGCGUCAUCGUGAAAAA